UUCUUUUAACUUCGAUCAUGAAGUUACAAACAUAGAGCUGGAAAGGAAGAGUUGAUACCUGCUGUUCUUUUACAACAUGCCUUUUGUUAAUAUGAAAAAGGCCUCAAGCCAGGCUGGGGGAGGCAAGAGUUUUGCAGUUCGAGUUACAACCAUGGAUGCUGAGCUAGAAUUUUCAUAUAUAGAGCACAAGGCAACAGGAAAAGAUUUAUUUGAGCUAGUAUGUCGAACUAUUGGACUGCGGGAAACUUGGUACUUUGGACUACAGUUUGUUGACUCCAAAGGAUACAUUUCAUGGUUAAAAUUUGACAGAAAGGUUCUUGAUCAAGAUGUUCCCAAAGAUUCUCCAGUCCCUUUUCUGUUUCUUGCCAAAUUUUACCCAGAGGAUGUUUCAGAAGAGUUGAUACAGGAGAUAACACAGCAUUUAUUUUUCCUGCAAGUGAAGCAGUCCAUCCUUAACAUGGACAUCUACUGUCCCCCUGAGGCCUCCGUUUUGUUGGCCUCCUAUGCUGUUCAAGCAAAGUAUGGAGAUUAUGACCCAGCAAACUACAAGCCUGGUAUGUUGUCCAGUGAUGACCUUUUACCCCAGCGAGUGAUUGACCAGUACCAGAUGACCCCUGAGAUGUGGGAGGAUCGAAUAAAGGAGUGGUAUGCUGACCACAAAGGAAUGUCCAGUGAUGAAGCUGAGAUGGAGUAUCUAAAAAUAGCACAAGAUCUGGAGCAGUAUGGUGUGAACUAUUUUCAGAUUAAGAACAAGAAGAACACAGAACUUUGGUUGGGUGUGGAUGCUUUAGGACUUAAUGUAUAUAACCAGAACAAUAGACUAGAACCUAAAAUUACCUUCCCUUGGAGUGAAGUCAAAAACAUCUCAUUUAAAGAAAAAAAGUUUGUGAUUAAACCAGUUGGAAAGAAAGUCCCAGAUUUUAUUUUCUAUGCACCAAAAGUGAAAAUUAAUAAACUAAUUUUAGAGUUAUGUGUAGGAAACCAUGAGUUGUUUAUGAGAAGGAGAAAACCUGAUUCUAUGGAGAUCCAGCAAAUGAAAGCCAAUGCCAGAGACGAGAGACAGCGGAAAAGGUGUGACAGGGCAAAACUGGCCAAAGAAAAGCAACUGAAAGAGGAAGCCUUAAAAGAAAAGGCAGAUCUAGAGAGAAAGUUGUCUCAAAUGCAGGAGGAAGUAAGGACUGCACAGGAAAUGUUGAAGCGAUCUGAGGAGACGACAGAGCUGUUAGCGGAGAAGGCGAGAUUUGCGGAGGAGGAAGCACAGCUCCUGACUCAGAAAGCCACUGACACAGAGAGGGAGAUACAAAGCAUUAAAAUUACUGCCAUCAAGACUGAGGAGGAGAGAAUCUUAAUGGAGUUUAGAGCCAGGGAAUAUGAAAUGAUUGCCACUAAGUUACUGGAGGACUCAGAAAGAAGAGCCAAAGAAGCAGAACAGCUGAAGGAAGAGCUCAGUCAGGCGCGACUGUCAGAAAAGUUAGCCAAAGAAAGGCUGCUGGAGGUGGCCCGAGUCUCCCCAACCUACCCGACAAUGUUCCCCCUUGCCUCACUGACCUCUGACCUCUCAGAUUUCCACAUUGGACCAACUCAUGUUCCUGUUGACGGGGAGAUCAGCUGUGAACUUCUGGGGGACGGGGACAUGGAUCAGUUGUCCCAGGAGAUAGAAAGAGAAAGGGUUGAAUACAUGGAGAAGUCAAAACACCUUCAGGAACAACUAAAGGAGCUCAAAUCAGAAAUAGAGGUGCUAAAGGUGGAAGAGAAAGAAACAGAUCUGGACAGGCUGCAUGAGAGUAGUAUCCAGAGAGGGGAUAGUAAAUAUUCUACACUCAGACAGGCUAAAGCAAAUUCUGCUCAAGCACGUGUGGCAUUCUUCGAGGAACUAUGAUGAAAAUGUGAUAUGUGGGAUUGACCUUUGUGUAAUCCAUACCUUAAUGCUUGCAAACCAGUAUUACUGCCUAGAAGGCCACUUAAGCUGUAAUGGUGCUGCAUUUUAUGAUCAAUAUUUAUUACUUUCCUGUAGUGCUGGCCAUUUGAUGGAAUUGAAAUCAGUGUGGGAAGGGUAGGACUUGGGAAUUACAUUUUAAAAAUCUGCUUUUAUUUUGCAUUUUAAAUAUUUGACACAAGUUUCAUUUCAAAUAUUGUGUUCAUUAUUGCCAUACAAGCUCUUGUAUAAUGAUACUACUGUCAAAAUGAUGUAUAUCUGUAAUUCAAUUUGUAACUCCUCUUUAGGAGUUUGAAUUCUUUUCUCGUGUGUUUCUUUCAUCAUGUCUUUAAUAUCGAACAGUAAUCUAUAUAUCAUGUUGAUAAUCUUAGUACAUGUGUUUGCUGAGCACAUUCAUUGUCUUUCAGAUUUACUUAUUAAUCCCACCAUGAUACACUGUUCAUGUAGAAAUUAUGUCAUGUGAUAUUGUUGAUACUGUAUUUUUUUCUUGCCACUCCAUUUAAGAAUUUUAAUGAAAAUUCAGUGGAUCUCUAAAUUAGAAGCUCUAUAUAGUUUUAGCUAAGUUACAGGGUCCCAAAAAUUUUCUUCAGUGGGCAUUCAAUGUAAAGGAUCUCGUACUAAAGUUUAUGUACAAAUUUGGGUUGUAUUCAUUUUAGGGAUGUCAAAUCGGUCAAUAUUUGAUAAUAGGUUACUCAGACAUUUUUCCAAUUGAGUACCCGAAUACUCAGAAAAAUUGUAAUUUAUACAAGUCUGUUAGCUUUCUUAAAUCCAGUUAUUAAUAAGCUCUGUUAAACCCCAAUGUUGUUUUUAUUAAUUUUUAGUGCAUGUUUGAAAACAUAGAGUCCAUAAAAAUAUGAAAUUUUAAAGUAUUUUGUUCUUAAAAUUUUCAAAUUCUGCUGAUAUUUUUAUGGUAGUGAUCAUACACUGAUAAUAUUUUAUCCAACCAACAUAUCUUAAAUUUGUUUGUAGCUUUUAUUCGACCAUUCAUCCUAUAUCAAGUUUCAGUUAAACACUUGGGCCCAAUGCUUCCCCAUCUUUACUCAUAUUUUAAAGUACAUUUAUCAUGCAUAAUAUUUUUAGUAUCUAUAUGUAGUUCAUACAAUUUCACUAUACCUACAGGGUUGUAUCAUAGGGGCAUAGAAUGAUGUAGAAUCACUGGGAAGUGCCUUAUAUUGUGUGCAAGAUGCUAGGAAAAGCUGUGUAGAAAUAGUUGACCUCAUUUCAAGAACGAUGUUUACAUGUAUUUAAAAAGCUAUGGUUACACAUGUAUUAGUAAAUUUUUUUUUUAUUUUGAUAAACACAUCCACUGAUUUUUAAGCUAGAAAUGAACAUUAUAAGUCUUUCAAAAAUUUUAUAGAGAUUGUCAUUUGAUUAAGUUCAAAUUUUAUCAAAAUUCAAAUUACUUAUUGUUUCACUUUAUUUAGUACAUGUAUUGUACUUACCCGUUAAACAACAAACAUGUCUGAUACAGAUGUUUAAUAAAAACCAACUGUUGCUUUCAGUCAACAAUGUAAAAGAUUUUUGUUGACAUUCUGAAUGAUUUUUCUAAAUGAUUUGUACUAUUUAUUGUUAAAACAGAUGAUCUAUUAACAAGAUCCUUAUUGUGAGCUGCUUGAAUUUAGUUAAAACACUUUUUGAAUGAGUUCUGAAUGUCCAUCAAUACCUAAUGUGAGAAAGAACUGGUUGUAUUGUAUUUUGAGAGAACAAAGGAAUGUGCAAUAACAUUAUCAAUAAAUCUAUGUCAGUUUUCGUA